AUGACUUUGCGACUUACACAUACGGUUCAAUGCCCUGCUUACGACCUCACCUUUACUGUGGACCCUGAUAAUGAGGACUUCAAGUGUGAAGCGGUUGUCGACUUGGAAGGUCUUGAAGACUGCGAUGUUGUUGAAUUGAAUGCCCUGAACUUGAUCAUCAAUACGGCAAAAUUCAAUGACACGUCCAUGAGUUAUUCUGUUGACGAGGAGAAUCAGAUUUUGAAGAUCAAUCAUGCUUUGAAGGCUGGCGAGAAAGCAAAGCUUUCAUUUUCGUACGCCGGACAGUGCAGAAAGGAUAUGUACGGGAUCUAUCGGUCCUCUUACGAGGACUUUGGUGACGUUGAUAAUGAGUCCCAGUCUAGUCCAGACGAUUAUGGGGCAGCCUCAGUGAAUGCUGAGCUGGAUCUUGCCUCGGAAUUGGAGCCCCUUGCCUUGUCAGAAGAGAAGACUUCCCCGUUUCCUAAAGAGAAGUUCCUAAUUUCGACUCAAUUUCAACCAAUCGCUGCUCGGAGAGCAUUUCCUUGUAUCGACGACCCAGCCAGAAAGUCCCAUUUUACAGUUACGUUGGUUCACCCAUCAAAAGUUACCGCUUUGCUGAACUGCUCAAUUGUGGAACUGGUGAAGAUCGAUGAAUACUGGCUGCGGACUAAAUUCGAAAGGUCCCCGCUCAUGCCAACAUAUUUAGUGGCUUUUGUUGUUGGGGAACUCGAGAGCUUGAAAAGCGAGACACUUCCUAUCACCGCUUGGACUGUUCCUGGAGGAGCAGAGGAGGCAGCCUUUGCGCUUGAUGUGGCAGAGAAAUGUGUUCCUUUCUUCGAGGAUCUCUUCGACUUCAAGUAUCCUUUGGCGAAAUUAGAUUUGGUAGCCAUCCCCGACUUUGCCAAAAGUGCAAUGGAAAACUUUGGGCUCAUCACUUUCAGGGAAUCCGAUUUUUUGGUGGGAAACAACCCGUCAAAGUCUUUGAAGAGCAACGUGUUUGAAACAGUGUCUCACGAAAUUUCUCAUCAGUGGUUUGGAAACUUGGUUACUAUGUACUUUUGGGACGACCUCUGGCUAAAUGAGGGUUUCGCUACCUGGUUGCUGUGGUAUACUAUGGACCACUUUCACUCAGAUUGGAAUGUUUGGGAAGACUACAUUGUCUACACUCUUCUGACGGCAUUCACAACCGACAGCAGAGCUUCAUCACAUUCGAUACAAAUGCCUAUCGAAACUUUGGAUGACAUAAAUCAGGCGGGCGAUUCCAUAACUUACAAAAAGGGAUGUGCCCUUGUCGUCAUGCUUUUUGACUUCCUAGGUAAGGACGCAUUUUUUAGUGGACUUAAGCAAUAUAUUCGUUCCCAUGCGUGGGCCAAUGCCAACGCUGCAGACCUUUGGCAGUGCUUCAAUUCCGUUUCUGGGCUUGAUGUUGGCGGCAUAAUGCAUUGUUGGGUAACAAGGUCCGGUUUCCCGAUUGUGGAAGUUGAAGAGCUAGAAACUAAUAAGUUGAGGCUUACGCAGAAGAGGUUUUUACCAACUGGCGAGAGCAGAAACGACGAACCCUAUUUGAUACCUUUGACAAUCGCAACCUCCAAAGAAACUAUCAAAACCGUGUUCAAAGAUUCAACAACAGAGAUAUCUAUUCCUGAAGGGCCAUACUUCAUCAACCCCUCUCACCAUGGUUAUUAUAUCACAUCUUAUGCCGCUGAAAGAUGGUCCAAGCUUCUGAAAGGUAGUUUGUCGAGAGCUGAUCACAUAGGAGCGCUUUUAGACUGUGAACUCGCCUCGUUCGAUGGUCAGACCCUGGUGGUUUCUUUCCUACAGCUUGCAGAGGAGUUAGCCAAGCUACAAGAUAACUUCUUAAUGAACGCUAUUGUGGAGGCCUUUUUCGAUCUUUUGGAUGCCUACCUCUUUGACGAGGCUGUGUCAGGUGGCAUCCGUCGUUUUGGUGAGAGCAUUAUUAAGGAACAAAUCCCUAUCGUUAAAUCUGACGACGACUCCGAUAAUCAUACUCAAUUUAAAAAUGUUAUUUUCCGCUUUGCUGCUUUUAUACAAGCCCCAGGAAUCGACCAAUAUUGUGAUCAACAAUUCGAAGACUUCAUCAAUCACCAGAAUGAGCUUGACCCAGAGGAGGCAGGAAUUAUUCUUAGGAACAUCAUACGGAGGAAUGGAGUGGAAACUUGGGACUCAUUGUGGGACCGAUAUCAAAAAGAAUCAGACAUAUACACAAAGGAAGAUAUUCUCUUUUCCUUGGGCAACUCCUCUGACAAAGAUAUCUUGAAAAGAUUUAUGAAGCUUCUUUUGGAAUCUAGCCAAAUCCAUGCGCAAGAUAUCGGCUUGUCUUUAGCGCCAAUCAAAAACACUGCUGUUGGUGUUGAUUAUCUAUGGGCCUGGUUGAGAGAUAAUUGGGAGGCAAUUGCAACGAAGCUAGAAUACGGGUCAGUCACACACUUGGAAGUUUUCGGGGCAUGCACUUCCGGUCUUUGUACAAGGGAACACUACCAACAGCUUACCGAUUUUUUUGACGGGAAGGAGGAUACGGUAUUCAAAAGCCCACUUGCCAACACCCUUGAAAAAAUCAAGGGAAGGUAUCUUCGGGCGGAAAGAAAUCGAGAAUCUAUCAUCGGUUGGCUUGCAUCGAACAAUCUUUUGGUGAGCGAAGUAGAUCCCCAAGCGUAA